ACCCCCGCCCGCCGCCCGCGCGCGCCGUCCUCCCGAACCACCGUCAUGUAUGAUAACUACAGGAACCCCCAUCCUCCUGGGAUGCAGAUGCCCCCGCCAAAUCCUCAGCCUGGCCAGUUCGACAAUACACUUUAUGGCCCGGGCUCGGGUCUAAUUAAAACUGGGUUAGGACUAUACGGGGAGAAGUUCCUCGGCUCCAGCUCAGAAUUCAUGCAAAGCAAUAUCAGUAGAUACUUCUCCAACCCACAGUAUUACUUCCAUGUCAAUGAUCAGUAUGUCAGGAACAAGUUGAAAGUCAUACUGUUUCCGUUCCUUCACAGGGGGCACUGGACUCGGAUAAGUGAGCCUGUGGGUGGCCGCUUGUCGUACAAGCCUCCAAUGUAUGACAUAAAUGCGCCAGACCUGUACAUCCCUUUCAUGGCAUUUGGUACCUUCAUCGUCCUCGCGGGCUUCACAUUAGGCUUCAUGGGAAAAUUCACUCCAGAAGCAAUAAACCUUCAGUUCACAAGGGGGCUGAUAGGGUGGGGCCUACAGAUCGUGUUCCUGAAAGGGCUGCUCUACUCGAUGGGCGGAGGCGAGGUGCCGCUGCUUGACCUGGUGGCCUACAGUGGGUACCUGUUUGCGGGACUCUCCCUCGCCAUCGCCGCGAGGCUCCUGUGGGCGUACUCGUACUACGUGAUGGUACCGUGGAUGAGCCUGUGCAUGGGGGUAUUCCUGGUGAGGACGAUGAAGCGGGUGCUCUUUGCGGAGACAAGGGGCAGUGAGAGGCACUCGACGCGGCAGCACUACUUCCUGCUAUUUAUGGCGAUCGUGCAGUUCCCCUUGUUCUUCUGGCUCGGCAACAUAGGCGCGUAGGAUAGUUACUUUUAGGUGCAUUCAAUAGCAUCACAUAUGUUUAUUGACAGGCUUGAGACUGGUUAUGUAAAGUUCUGAUUUUUUUUUUUUGAGAUGUAAGUUCUGAAUUUUGGAGGUAGUCAAUCUUGUAGUAAGUAUGUUUGUUGGAAUAGCCUGGAGUAUAUAUAAAAAAUUCUGCCUUCCCAAUGUAAAUACAAAUGUUGAUUUUACAGUGAUUAAGUUUACAUCAAUUGAUUAUUAUUUGGAAUGUUA